UGACGUUGGGGGUAGGGAAAUACAGGAAGAAGGAAGAGGCAAAGACGGACAAGUAGCUCCAUGCAGGAAAGUGAAAACCUACAAAACAGAGUAUAUCUCAUUAACCGUAAAGCUGUUAGGGGCAAAGGUCCAACACUGACUUUUUAACUUUAAAGGUAUAAAUUCACUCUGUAAAAUCAUAGGACAGAAAAGACUUAUACUUGUGUGACAGCAGGAAUAAUGUCAGCAUCUGCAGUGUUCAUAUUGGAUCUAAAAGGGAAGCCCCUCAUCUGCAGAAAUUAUAAGGGGGAUAUUAAUAUGACAGAGAUUGACCAUUUCAUGCCCUUGGUGGUGCAGAGGGAGGAGGAGGGUAACCUGACGCCAUUGCUGACACACGGAAAAGUGCACUUCCUCUGGAUCAAAUACAGCAAUCUAUACUUGGUGGCAUUAAGUAAUAAGAAUGCCAAUGCUUCCCUUGUUUACUCCUUCCUGUAUAAAGUUGUGGAGGUAUUUACAGAGUAUUUCAAGGAGCUGGAGGAGGAGAGUAUCCGGGAUAACUUUGUCAUUGUAUAUGAGCUGUUAGAUGAGGUCAUGGAUUUUGGCUUUCCCCAGACAACUGACAGCAAGAUCCUGCAAGAGUAUAUCACACAACAAGGCAACAAGUUGGAGACAGGCAAGUCACGUGUACCAACAACAGUGACAAAUGCUGUAUCCUGGAGGUCAGAAGGACUCAAAUAUAAGAAAAAUGAGGUCUUUAUAGAUGUGAUUGAGUCAGUCAAUUUACUGGUGAAUAGCAAUGGCAGUGUACUGCUGAGUGAGAUUGUGGGCAGUGUGAAACUUAAAGUUUUUCUCUCCGGGAUGCCAGAAUUACGACUUGGAUUGAAUGACAAGGUCCUCUUCGAGUUAACUGGACGUAACAAAAAUAAAACAGUGGAACUAGAAGAUGUAAAAUUUCAUCAGUGUGUCCGUCUCUCCCGAUUUGAAAAUGAUCGUACUAUUUCCUUCAUUCCCCCGGAUGGAGAUUUUGAACUAAUGUCUUACCGGCUGAACACACAGGUUAAACCAUUAAUUUGGAUUGAAUCUGUGAUUGAGAAAUUCAGCCAUAGCCGACUGGAGAUUAUGGUUAAGGCAAAAGGGCAAUUUAAGAAACAAUCUGUAGCAAACAAUGUGGAGAUAUCAGUCCCUGUUCCCAGUGAUGCUGAUUCUCCUAAAUUUAAGACCAGUGUGGGCAGCGCAAAAUAUUUACCAGAGAAAAACGUGGUUGUCUGGACAAUUAAAUCUUUCCCGGGAGGGAAGGAAUACCUGAUGCGUGCUCACUUUGGAUUACCAAGUGUGGAAACUGAAGAGCUUGAAGGAAAACCCCCAAUUGCUGUGAAGUUUGAAAUUCCCUAUUUCACAGUUUCUGGGAUUCAAGUUCGAUAUAUGAAAAUUAUUGAGAAAAGUGGAUAUCAAGCUUUGCCGUGGGUGAGAUACAUCACUCAAAGUGGAGAUUAUCAACUACGAACAAACUGAAGACCCUCAUCAAAGUGAAUGUUUUUUUGUGUGUCAUACUCUUUUUAAUAUUUAAACAUUUGUUUAAAGAAUAAAACAUUAUCUCAAUGCCCAUAUAUGUGGUAAGGAAAAGAAAAUGCUGUAAGAAAAUGAGAAAUAUUGGGAAUUAUAUUGUUACAGUAUAUAAAGAGGAACAGAUAUCAAGUCCUUAGCAAUUAUACUAUAUCACUCCGUUUGCCAGAGAAGAAUUGAGAACCUUAUAGUGCAAUACUUUUCUGUAGCAUCAUUCAUUUUAUUAAUGACCCUUAUAGUUUUAACUAAAUUAUAUUAGUUUAGGUUUGUUUGUUUUUUUACUUGAAGGAAAUUUUAUUAAGAGUAAAUAUAUUUAUGUAGGUUUUUACCCCAGAAGUAUCCACUCUGGGUAUCAUUAUUAUACGUAGUGCUCAGGUUGGCUGCAAAUCACGCACUUGUAAAACUCUGGCGUAAAAUAUAAUGUGGAAUACAACGUUACAGAUAUUACUUUCAUCACAGAACUGACAUUUGAAAUACAAUGAUUGAACAUAAGACAUUGUUGAGAGGCAACAUAUUAUAAAUGAAUGUGCUAUUUUAAUAAAUAUUCUUAUAAAAGCAAUAUUUAAAUAAUAAUAAUAAUAUAUAAAUGUUCAUUGAAACAUAUUGAAAUUUAUCUUUUACGACCAAGAUUAUAAAUCUGAAAUGCAUCCUCUUUUUUUAAAAAGCUGAAACUAUACAAUUCUCUGUAUUUUUUAAAUAGAAAUAUAUGGCUUGAAACAUUUUCUAUGAAUAAGCCUAUGUUAUUGCUGAAUUGUAAAGAAAAGUCUUAAUAAAACAUCUCAUACUGUA